AUGGCGCUCCCUCCGAAGUACGCGGGACAGAAGUUGUUCGCAGCCGCAGCCACGGUGCAGCAGGCUCAUCAUACGCUUGAAUUAUAUCUCGAUUAUGUUUGUCCUUUCUCCGCAAAGCUAUUUAACACAUUUUACACCUCAGUCAGGCCCGUCGUUGUGGAGAAAUACAAAUCUAAGCUCCAGGUAAUCUUUCGUCAGCAGAUUCAGCCCUGGCAUCCAUCGUCGACAUUGACGCACGAGGCUGCCGCCGCUGUGUUGAAGGUAGCGCCUGAAAAGUUCUGGGACUUUAGCGCCGCGUUGUUCAAGCACCAAAAGGACUUCUUCGAUGAGAAUGUCGUGAAUGAGACAAGGAACAAGACCUAUGGGAGAUUGGCGAAGAUAGCGGGUAGUAUUGGAGUGGAUGAGAGCGAGGUGCUUAGUUUACUGGUUAUCAGUGACAAGCCUGGUCCAGGAGGCAUCUUGAAUACUGGCAAUGGUGUCACUAAUGAUAUUAAAUUCAUGACGAAGGUGAACCGUGUUGUGGGCGUCCAUGUUACUCCUACUGUAUUCUUUGAUGGAGCCGAGGAGAAGGCUAUCAGCAGCAGUUUUACAGCCGCUCAGUGGGAAGAAUGGCUUCUGGAGAACGUGAUUUGA